AUGCCUGGAAAAACCAGAAUGCUGCUGCUGCUGCUGCUGCUGCUCCCAAAGGCCUCCUGUGGGAUGCUGAAGGCCCGAUGCCCCUGGAGCUGGCACAGGGAUGAGGUUCACCCCCAGAAUUACUUCAGGCCUGGAGACUACAUCAUUGCGGCAGCCAUCUUUGCAAAACCUGUCAAGUUUCUUCCACACACGUUCAGGAAGCCUGCCUCUAAUGAACCCAGAAACUACUUCUCCUACAACACAAUCCAGGCUGUGGCCCAGGCCUUGGAUGUGGCUUUUUCCUCCAGAUUCCAGAAGAUGAGGGUUAAGGAUGGACACAGGUCGGAUGAGAGGAGCCUUCAGUCAUGGCAGCUGCACCCCUUCCUCAGAAGCUCCCAGUUUCACAAUCAUUCCAUGGAUGGAGUUCAUUUGGAUGAGAAGGGGGACCUGGCAGCUAACUUGGACAUUGUCAACUGGGUGAAGUUUCCCAACAGCUCUGUUGAAAGAGUGAAAACCCUGCCCAAGGCCAGGUGUGUGGAGAGCUGCUGCCCGGGAUUCUACAAAGUGGUUCAAGAAGGAAAGCUUGCUUGCUGCUAUGACUGCGCUCCCUGCCCAGAAGGGACCAUCUCCACUCUGGAAGAUGCUGACCAUUGCGCCAUGUGCCCAGAUGAUCAGCAUCCAAACAAGAACCAAACUCAAUGUACCCCCAAGGGGAUCACCUUCCUGUUCUAUGAAGGAGCUCUUGGGAUCUCCCUUGCUUCCGUGGCCGUCAUACUCUCCCUAUUCACUGGACUUGUGUUAGGAAUCUUCAUUAAAUUCCGAGACACCCCAGUGGUCAAAGCCAACAACCGUGACCUCUCCUACAUUCUUCUGGUCACCCUCCUGCUUUCCUUCUCCUCCUCCUUCCUCUUCAUUGGCCAGCCCAGCAAGGUCACCUGCCUCCUGCGACAAACAGCCUUCAGCAUCAUAUUCUCAGUUGCUGUCUCUUCUCUCCUAGCCAAAACAAUCACAGUGGGCUUGGCCUUCUUGGUCAUCAAGCCAGGCAACAGGGCCAGAAAGUGGUUGGGGAAGCCUUUGGCCAACUUCAUUGUCAUUGUCUAUUCCAGCAUCCAGGUUGUCAUCUGCUGCAUCUGGCUGGGCACCUCUCCUCCCUUUCCUGACUCGGACAUGUACUCCCAGCCUGGACACAUCAUCCUGCAGUGCAAUGAAGGCUCUGUGUCCAUUUUCUACACUGCCCUUGGCUACAUGGGCUUCUUGGCUGCUGUCUGCUUCAUGGUGGCUUUCUUGGCCAGGAAGCUGCCAGGAGCCUUCAACGAGGCCAAACUGAUCACCUUCAGCAUGUUGGUCUUCUGCAGUGUCUGGGUGUCCUUUGUGCCCUCCUACCUGAGCACCAAAGGGAAGUACAUGGUGGCCGUGCAGGUCUUCUCCAUCUUGGCCUCCAGUGCUGGCUUACUGGGCUGCAUCUUUCUUCCCAAGUGCUACAUCAUUGUCUUGAGGCCUGCUUUGAAUAAGAAGGAACAUCUCAUUAGGAAAACAAAAGAUGGCAUCUUGAGAUAG